UCUUUUAUUUGUCAUCAUCGUCUGAUAGAUCAUGUCUGGAAGAGGCAAAGGCGGGAAAGGGCUCGGGAAAGGAGGCGCGAAGCGUCACCGUAAAGUUCUGCGCGAUAACAUCCAGGGAAUCACCAAACCCGCCAUUCGUCGUCUGGCUCGCCGCGGCGGCGUCAAGCGCAUCUCCGGGCUGAUCUACGAGGAGACCCGCGGUGUGUUGAAGGUGUUUCUGGAGAACGUUAUCCGCGAUGCCGUCACCUACACCGAGCACGCCAAGAGAAAGACCGUCACCGCCAUGGAUGUUGUGUACGCGCUGAAGCGACAGGGACGAACCUUGUACGGCUUCGGAGGAUAAACACCUGAAACCAGGAGAAACUACACAAACCCAACGGCUCUUUUAAGAGCCACACACUCUUACACACAAAGAGCUGAUCAGAUCAUAUUGAUUCAUGUGUUAUUCAGACAUGAACCAUAAACACUUCUGAAUAAACCAUGAAAGUCAUACAAAAUGAAAAUGGAGAUUUUAUAAUAUAGUUACUUUAAUAUUAUGAGUGUAAUUGCAUCUAAAACUGAGUUUAAUUACUCUUUGGAGAUGAAACUUUAUAACCAGAACAUUUUUGUUUGUUUCAGAAACACAUUUCUCUGAGAUUAAGAUCUAGUUUCACAGACAGCGUUUAGACUGAGAUCUUAAAUUAGGAUUUAAUUAUCUUAUAUAAAUGUGUCUUAGAAAGAAACAUUGCUGUUGAGACAAAACAGUGACACUGACAUAUUUUAAGACAGGACAGCACAAGUUUCUUUAGUUAAAGUUUAAACAUGUAUUUUAGUCUCAGACUAGCUUUAAUCCUCAUCUGUGAAACUGCGGGUAAUUGUCUAAUUUGUGUCACAUGACACGAUUUAUUCCUGUAGACUUUGAAUUAAAGUGUCUUACAAAAUAUAGACAAAUCUAAAUAUGACCAGCAAA